CCAGAACAUCCCUUCCGUAACUUCAACCUCGACCACCUUACAACGAAGAGAUACACAAUCGCAGCGCACCUUCUGAUCUACCCAUUCAAGACAUAUUUAACAUGGCGGAAGUGCAAGAAGCACCUCAGGCACCUCACGAACGCAAGCCGCGCAAAUCCGUAGCCUUCAGCGGCGACGACACAAUCAUGGACGAGAAUGGCGAAAUCUCAGAAGCGCCCACCAACACUGCCGAAGACAAUCCCACAGCUGAAAAGCACUCUUCGCCGCCAGAGUCCUCAGACAAAGCCGUUGACGAAAUGACCGACAUGUUUGCGGGCCUGAACAAGAAGAAAAAGAAAUCAUCCUCCAAGCCAAAGAUCGCCGACGGCGAGACUCCAGCUGACUCCGAAGCCGCCCCUGUUGACGACGCCUUCGAUCCAACAGCUCUGAAGAAAAAGAAGAAGAAGUCCACCAAGAAAACAGAGGCCGCUGGUGAUGACUUCGCCGCGAAGCUCGCUUCUGCGGGACUCGAGCCUGGCGCCGAUGGUCCAGUAGAAACCAGCGCCGACCAACCGCAGGAACAAACAGGCGACAUGUCCGCCGGCACCGGGAUCUGGGCCCACGAGGCGACCACGCCCAUCUCUUACGACUUAUUGUUGAAGCGCUUCUUCCAACUUGUCAACGAGCACAACCCGGACAUUCUGUCGUCGGGCUCCAGAUCCUACAAAAUCCCCCCGCCACAGUGUCUACGUGAAGGAAACAAAAAGACCAUUUUUGCGAACAUUGCGGAAAUCUGCAAGCGCAUGAACCGAAAUGACGAGCACGUCACGCAGUUUCUUUUCGCAGAAUUGGGUACGAGCGGCAGUGUGGACGGCAGCAAACGAUUGGUCAUCAAGGGAAGAUUCCAGCAGAAACAGAUCGAGAACGUGCUCAGGCGUUAUAUCGUCGAAUAUGUGACCUGCAAGACGUGCAGAUCGCCAAAUACGGAGCUGAGCAAGGGUGAAAAUCGGUUGUACUUCGUCACAUGCAACAGUUGCGGGUCGAGACGGUCGGUUACGGCCAUCAAAUCUGGAUUUACGGCCCAAGUUGGCAAGCGUAAGAGGAUGCAAGGUUAGAUUAAGCGUGCAUGGUUGGGAGAUUGAUUAGAAAGGGAAGAAUGACAUUGAGGACGAAACUUUGAUGAUCAUGAAUUGGUCUGCUAAGGCCCCUUGACAGAAUGAUGGGGAACCAUGUUCCAUAGUUUCAAGGCGAGCCUUGUGCCAUGAAGAUUCAUUUAUGGAAUGAAAGAAAAGGCUUCAAGUAUCCAAGAUUAGAUUCUCGUUUCAGACCAUCAUGCUCGCUGUUUGAGAUGCUAAUUAAAAAUGGUCC